CUCUCUCUCUUUUGGCGCUUCUGCAGUACUUUUUCCUCGACUCACUACUCUGAAAACACUGAGACACAAACAAAACUCAGCAUUUAUUUCUUUCAAAACUUUCAAACCAAUACACACUCUCACACACAGAGUGACAGAGAGUGAGAAAAUGGAAGAAGAGGGAAUUGGGUUAGUGCUGGCAAAAGCCACAGAGCUGAGAUUCAAAAUCAGCAAUUGCAUUCACAAGGCUACCACCAAUUCAACCAAUGGCCUCCCUGAACAACAAGUCACUGAUAAAGAUGAAGAAGAAGAAGAGCAAGAACAAGAAGAAAUGGAGAGGCUUUUGAAUAUUUCUGAUGCCCUUGAAUCCCUCGAGAACCAGCUCUCUUCCUUGCAGACCUUGCAACUACAACAACGAUAUGAAAGAGAAGUGGCCCUUGCUGAGAUCGAAAAUAGCCGUAAGAUGUUACUUGAUAAGCUCAAGGAGUAUAAAGGAGAGGAUUUGGAAGUGAUACAUGAAGCUUCUGCUUUUGCUGGUGAAACAGUGGAGCACAACAAUGAUCUCCUGCUUCCUCCAUAUCCAAGCCGCCCUCCACACUCACUUUCUCUAGAGAAUGGUUCUCUACCACGGUUCCCUUCCACACUUAAGUCUAUACAAAAUGGAAUAAUAACCAGCGAUCCAAUGAUAGAAGCGAAGAAGAAUGCCAGUGAGUUAGAGGCGAGUCAAAUGCAAACCGGGUCCAAAAAUUCAAGGAAUGGGCUGGGAUGUUUUGUAAGUGCAGCAGGCAAGACAGUGCUUACUCUUGUUGGUGUGGUAUCUAUCUUAAGCUUGUCUGGUCUUGGGCCUAAUUUUGCAAAAAAGGAUAACCUUUUCAAGUUUUUGGGCCAAUUUCAGCAACCUUCAGCUGAGGAAAAGAGUUCAAAUAUCCAAUGUCCACCUGGGAAAGUCCCAGUGCUGGAAAAUGGAAAAGCUCGGUGUCUUGUGAAAGAGAGAGUUGAAGUGCCAUUCUCAUCAGUUGUUGCUAAACCAGAUGUAAACUAUGGGUGUGGGCAAAAGACCAUGAGCACCUCGGAAGUGAUCACAGGGUUCACAGAAGAGCAAGAAGCUCUGGUGGUGAAAUCAUGGACUGCAAUGAAGAAAAAUUCUGGAGAAUUGGGUCUCAAAUUCUUCUUGAAGAUAUUUGAGAUAGCACCUUCAGCUCAGAAGCUGUUCUCCUUUCUGAAAGACUCAAAUGUUCCUCUGGAACGAAACCCAAAGCUUAAAUCCCAUGCCGUGACUGUCUUUGUUAUGACUUGUGAAUCAGCGGUGCAACUUCGGAAAGCUGGGAAAGUUACCGUGAGAGAGUCAACCUUGAAAAAAACGGGUGGUGUUCACUUCAAAAGUGGGGUCGUUGACGAACAUUACGAGGUCACAAAGUUUGCACUGCUAGAAAUCAUAAAGGAAGCAGUACCGGAAAUGUGGUCGCCGGAGAUGAAGAUUGCAUGGGGGGAAGCUUAUGAUCAGUUGGUUGCGGCUAUCAAAUCUGAAUCGAAGCCUUCCUCUUAGACUUCUGGAAUAUAUAGAAAUAAGCAUAAUCUCUUCCUUUAUAGAAUGAGUUUGCAAUAUUCCAUGUAAAAACACAAGCGUAAUUUGUGUAUCUAUGUGCAUGUAUUCAUGUGUAUUUUGGGUUUUUAUUAUGGAUAUCAAUUUUCUAAGUAAAAUAUGUUUUACUUAA